GGUGCCUCGAACUUGGCAUAUAAUCUCACCCAUUGAUACGAUGCGAACAGGGCAUCCUGAUUAACUUCGGUUCAUGGUUUAGCAAAAAAAAAAAACAGACAGGAGCAAUGUAAUACAGUCGUGGGCACUACAUGCCGCAAAUGGCCCAGUUCAGUUCAUUACCACACUCCCUCCACCUCCCCUCACACGAUAUCUCUUUCAUUACCUCUUUACAAUGCUUCAUCUCAAACCUGGAAUCUUCACCCUACCCACCGAGCUAUUGUACCAUAUAGUCGACGAGUUGACGACCACUGAAUUGAAGAACCUGCGCUUUGCCUGUUCUCAACUAAACAACACAUUGGAGUCCUUGUUAUUUUCUCAAAUCACCCUCGAUACCAAUCAUCCGCAGAUGGUUCAAGAUCUAGCAUUGAAUCACACUCGAAUUGGAAACUAUGUGCGGUGUCUCCACAUUCCAUCUCUCGCCCUCGAGACGGAUACAGAACGGGUUUUUACCCGACAUCUCGUGCCGGCUCUCUCUUCCCUCAAAUCCCUAACCUCCAUCAAUUGGACAGUCACCGAAACGGACUCCCACUGGGCAAUCGAACAAGUUAUAACCCACUUAUCUCCACUCCCCACCCUCUUCAAUCUCAAUCUCUAUCUCAAAGGCCUAUGGAUCCAACCCAUCCCUCUACCAUUCCAUCGGAUCUGUCAAUUCAAACAUCUCCGUUCAUGUGCAAUCCAAGUAGACGACAACCGACUCCUCCUAUUGAUCGCGGAAGGUUUAUUUGAUGCCAACAAAUUCCAUAUCGAAUCUCUCAAACUCGAUGGCGGAUUCGACUCGUUCACAGAUCCUGAGAGGUACAUGACAAAUGACACCGACCUUGCGAUGCUUUUUAAUUCGACGAAUGACAAAUUUUGUAAUUUGGGUUUGGGAUGUGUGCAUCCUAUGCCUAUGGCUCCUAGGUUGAAGGAGUUGUCGCUGUCGCAGUUCCCACUGAGGCAUUCGCCGUCUAUUCUUUCUCAGUUGGGGUCUUUGAAGGCGUUACAUCUCGAUCGGUGUAUUCCGUAUGAUUUUUGGAAGAUGUGUGUGGAGGCUGGGAUUCAGCUUAUGGAGAUCACGGUCGACCAUGUUGAUGAGAGCUUUUUGGACUAUUUGGAAUCGUACCAAGGGCUGGAAAGAAUUACGGUUGCGUUUAAUGGGAUUCAGAUCCGGGGGAGUGUUCAUGAGUUGAAUGCGGAGAGGUUUUGGGGGACGUGUGUUCCGAGGCAUUCGCGGACGAUUCGGGAGGUUUCGGUGCAGCCGAAGAAUAAGGGGAGGUGGUGUUUUAGUAAUGAGAACGUGGAGAGUUUUAGGAUGUGUGGGUUGGUUGAGGAACUUGCGGUUGGGAUUGAUGUGGAUGAAAAGGAUGAUAUUAUUCUACUUCUCCAAGUGGCGGACUCGUACAAGAAACUGAAGAGUCUUACCGUUCUUCUCAAAGGACGGGGUUUACCCUGGGAUUUUAUAAGAUGCGAACAGGCCCGGACAGAAUUCCAUGGGGCGAUUGCGAAUCAUAGACAUUGGAAUCAUUCGGCGUACGAGGUUACCGUUCUUACUCGGUCAGAACAGAAUCGUCGUGCGAGUUUCAGGAGGAGUUCAGUUGUGAAGUGUUGAUCUAUUAUUAUACCCAUUCACGACCGUGCAUCACUGUAUAUUAUCAAAUCUAACCCCAUCUUAAUGUACCGCACCGCAAAAUAUCGGAGACCUGGUGUCUGGCCAUGUCAUUUGGAGAUACCUUCUUUCCGGUGCUGGUCUGGUAUGGGCGUUUGUGUGUCCCGCUUGGGU